UUAAAUUUAUGUCUAUAUUAACACACAAAAAAAUUAAAAAUUAAUAUAAUAAUUUAUAAUUUAUUUUUUAAUAAUUUAUUUUUUUGCCUCGACUCCAAACUUUUUUUUACACCCGCAUGAUAUGUGUGAAUUAUACAAUACUAGAUGUAUGACUAUUCACAAAACAUCAAAUUUAGUGGAAUAAUAGUUUUUUUUUUUUGCAAUCCCACUAAAUUUGAUGUUCCAGAAUUCUGUUGGAGUUGACCUUACUACAGAAAAUUAUGAGCUGUAACGUAAACUUAUUCAUGGCCUAUAUCACCAUCAUGUAAAAAUAUACUAACUAAAAAAUAUAGUCCAAUGAAAUUGAAUUCUUCACUGUGACCAAUCACCAAUGCCUCUGAAUCAUAACUAGUCAUUCUUGAUUAACUAUCGAAAAUACCUUGAUAAGUAAAAUGUAUCAGUACUUUACAUUCUUUGAAACCAAUCUAACUACUAUCAUUAUUAAUGGGAUAUAAAUUGAAGGUAAAAGGUGAAAAAACGGUGAAACUGUGUUAGUUUGUGAGCAAAGAAGAUCACGUGGGGAGGAUAAGAAAUCGAAUUGAUGGGUUCAUGGGAAUGCUCUUAUCGCGGAUCUUGCCUCGUUUGACCACACUCUCUCUCCCUUUUCUCCAAUAUUAUUUCUCGUUUAAUAACUUUUAUUUUAUUUUAUUACAAUUUUUUUAAAAAUCAUAAGAGAAACUGUUUUUGUGUUCACAUGUGGUGGUAUAAAUACAUAGAAGACUUCUUCAAUCCAUUUCCAAGAGAAAAGCGAAGAAGGAAUCCACUGUUAGAACUAAUUUCAUCUUUUCUGUUUUUGUCAAAACCCAUAAAAGAAUGACUUCAUGGAAGAAAACAAUCGCAACGCCAUUCAAGAAAGCGGCGACGUUCUUUAACCAACCGCAGCAAACGUCACACAACCGCCACGCAAACGCCAAGGCGAGGGAGGAACACGAGAGAAGAACGGUGAAGGAGCUUCAAGGUGACGUCAUGGCUUGUGGUUAUGAAGAUGUCCUCGUCAUGUGGUCGAUUCUUGACAAGUCAAACUCUUCAAACAAUCUCAGUUCUUGAUUAGUUGCUUAUAACCAAAAGUUCUCUUUCAACGUAAUUACAUUACGUGAAAAAGGGAAUUCGAAUCUUUUUCAUUUUACUUUUCCAUGUGUACAGUUUAUAUUAGCCCGCCAUGUCUCUCUUCCUUCUCCUUAUCUUCAUGUGGUCGCGGCUUCUAUAUUUCCUUUAAGUUAGAUUUUAAUGAAAGUUCCCAUGAUUAGUUUUAAUUCGGAUGUUUGUAAUCCCCGUGACGAUCUAAUUAUCGAAUUCACGGUGCGAUUUUUCAUUUCGUUCGAAAGAAAUUAAGUCUUUUGAUGGUUUUA